UGGCGUUAAUAACCGCCUACACGGUGGAAAGUGGCGUAAAGGCGCGGUGUUAUGGCGUCGGGAGCCGAAAAGUGAAACUAGAGUUCAGUAACGACCUGAAUAAAUAAAAAAAUGCUCAUCCCAAGUAAUAAAUAAUCAACUUGACAUCGCUCGGACGUUGGGAAUUUCAAUAAAUUCACCGAUAACCAACUACAAUCGACAAGUGUGGCCCAUGAAAAACGUAGAGAAGACGUGUUCUUCAUGAGUUGUAAACGUGUAGCGUGGACUUGAAACGAUCUGGCCUUCGAAAUAUUUCUAAAUACCAAUAAAUCAGUACCUAUUUACCACCUUUGUAUUUAUUAAUCACCGACAAUUAGCAUUGCUGUCACGUGCACUUGGAGCUAUCAACAUAUUGAAAGGGAAUCUAAGGGCAGAAUGGAAUCAUCAAGUGACUUUCACUCCGAAAUCACAACCUAACCUAACGAUGAAACUCUGACACUCAUCGAAUAUUGAAAUUUACAAUUACUCGAUUGUAAAAAUUCUUUGUUAUUAUUUUUUUUUGCGGAUUUUUUGGGGCGAAUAAGGAAAAAUGUCGGCUAAUGCACAGUUUGCCAGUCCUCCGCCAGCGAUUAAUUUACCGAAUAUGUCGGUACCACCGCCUACAACACCAAAUUUAUCAGCUCCUCCACCGAAUUUAACGACAAUUAGUACCUCUGGAGGUUAUCAGCAUCGGUUUAACAAUCACAGGGAAGGACGAGGAUUUUUUAAACCCUUCAGGCCUUAUCAUGCACCUAAAGUUAUUUCUGGAGGACAGGAUGCAUUACAGGAUGAGUUUGAUGGGAAAAGGCUGAGGAAAUCGGUUAUGAGGAAAACUGUCGAUUAUAAUUCGGCUAUUAUCAAGAGCUUAGAGAAUCGAGUUUGGCAGAGGGACUACAGAGAUCGACGUGCACUUCAACCGGAUGUUAUGUACUAUCCAGACCUCCUCCCACCACCUAGCUACGUCGACAAUCCGAUAAAUGCUGUUACAACUCGUUUCGUUAAAACAGCAACAAAUAAAAUGCGUUGUCCUAUUUUUUGCAUGGCGUGGACGCCAGAGGGUAGAAGAUUGGUCACCGGAGCAUCCAGUGGAGAAUUUACACUUUGGAAUGGAUUGACGUUCAAUUUCGAAACGAUUCUUCAGGCUCAUGACAGUCCGGUUAGAACGAUGGUUUGGUCACACAACGAGAGCUGGAUGGUGACUGGUGAUCAUGCUGGAUACGUCAAGUACUGGCAGAGCAACAUGAACAACGUUAAGAUGUUUCAGGCCCACAAAGAAGCGAUUAGAGGACUCAGUUUCAGUCCAACGGAUCACAAAUUGGCGACGUGCAGUGAUGAUGGAACCGUGAGGAUUUGGGACUUUUUACGAUGUCACGAGGAGAGAAUUCUCAGGGGGCAUGGAGCAGACGUGAAGUGUGUGCACUGGCAUCCGCAGAAGAGUCUAGUCAUCUCUGGGAGUAAAGACAAUCAGCAGCCUGUGAAGCUAUGGGAUCCGAAAACUGGACAGUCUCUUGCUACUCUUCAUGCACACAAGAGCACUGUGAUGGACGUCAAGUGGAAUGAGAACGGCAACUGGCUGGUAACAGCCUCCAGAGAUCACCUCCUCAAGCUUUUUGAUUUGCGAAAUUUGAGUCAAGAGGUGCAAACAUUCAGAGGACACAAGAAAGAGGCAUCCAGUGUUGCCUGGCAUCCCAGCCAUGAGGGACUAUUCUGUAGCGGAGGAAGUGAUGGCGCUAUAUUAUUUUGGCAUGUUGGAGCUGAUAAGGAAGUGGGGGCUAUUGAACAGGCUCAUGACAGCAUUGUAUGGACAUUGGCGUGGCAUCCAUUAGGUCAUAUCCUCUGUUCAGGGAGUAAUGAUCACACGUCUAAAUUUUGGACGAGAAACAGACCAGGAGAUCUCAUGAGAGACAAAUACAAUCUCAAUACUCUACCUGCCGGUGCUUGCGGAAUUGAUGAUCACGAAAUCGCUGAUGAAGCUGCAGUGAUCCCUGGAAUGGGUCCAGAAGACAAAAUUAAUGCGGAUAUCGAAAUGGAGGAGGAGAAUAAUUCAACUAUCUCAGGAAUCCCCGGGUUGGAUCUUGAUCAUACUGCUGAUGACAGUAAGAAACUGGCGAGCAAGAAAGUUCCAUAUUCCAAGCCAAUUCCAAGGAAUUUCCAAGCUCAAUGGAAUGAAAUGGAGGCUGAAGAUCCAGAACAAGUUGAGGCUUUAAAUGCCAUCGUUAAUCAGCUGAUUGAAACGACCCCGGGAGCUGUACCUCUCAAUGAAGUCACACCAAAUGCCAUUAUUUUGUACGGAAAAAUGGUCCCCGUUGAACCUGGUUCGAAGCUAGCCGAUGCAAUUCUGAAAGGCAACGACGCCAUAAAUAAACUGGUUACCGCCGGUGAAAUAGAAGAGCUGAAAGACGUAGCGCUGACAACCCCUGAGCCUGUCGCUGAUCCUGAAGACUUUCUGCAGGACGAAGGUGAAAUCGAUUACUCAAAAGUGCCAGAUAUUGAUCUACCAGCACCACUUCCCUCCUCGAAAUUUGCCCAGAAUCCAGAGCUCCUGAAGGCCUUGAAUCGCGGAGGAAAACGAAAGUUCGAUCAAUUGAUCGGUUGGUCAGACAACGAGAGAAAUUCUCGCCUCCAUCAGCCAGUGUUUGGAGGUUCGAUGCUGGAGGACUCCUGCAACAGCGACACAGAUCUCCGUCACAUGAUGAACAUAACAGGCGUCGAUAUGGCAGCAUAUCUAGCCCAGGAUGAGGAUCUCAGAAGAUUAAACAGCCUAGACCGAAUGAAUAAUAUAGGUAGCAUGAAUACCAAUAGCAUAAAUAGGGAUGAGGACAUGCGCUUUGGGGGCGGCUCGAGUGGUCCAGGAAGGCCUGAUUUCGAUGGACGGAAUUCAUUUGGGGAUCGAGACUUUCGUCUCAACAUCCCACCACCCAAUUUCAAAUCCUCUAAUCAAGAUGGAGACAGCUUUGGAGACAGUGACAGCAGACCUCGACCCUGGGAUGAUGACAAGGAUAAUCGAAAUUUCGAUAAACGAGACAUGUUGUCCUCGUCUCUUGGUAAUAAUUCCCAGUUGGGCUCAUUAUCCCUGCAGAUGGGGGGACUUUCAUCAAGCUCCAGUCAUCUUAACACGAAUCAUCACAAUAUGCAGAAUAUCUCACCCAAUAUGCCACCAACGAUGAACCUCUCAACCAAUUUGGCCCUCAAUCCCACUCUUCAAAAUAAAACAAAUAAUCUCCUGAAUAGUGGCAUCACCGAUGGUCUACCACCUCACAUGAUGCAUCUACCACCGAAUUUUGGGCCAAAUGGACCCAAUCCGUCCCAAUUACCCCCCAACUUCAAUCCCAAUUUUCGACCUCCUAAUGGAAAUUUCCCUGGGAAUCAUCAGUUCAGGCAAAUGGGACCCUUUGCACACAAUAAUUUUGGUAAUUUUCAGGGUCCACCGGGAUUCAGGUGUCCCAAUCCAAAUAAUCCACCCCCCAAUUUCGAGAGGGGCAACUUUGGUCCCAAUUUUCGGGGACAGAUGGGUGGUAAUGGUGGAAAUAGUGGAGGAUUUAAUUCGGGUUUCAAUAAUAAAAAUUUUGGGGGAGGAAAUAAUGGAGGUGGUAAAAAUGGUGGCAGAGGUAUGGGGAGGAAUAAUGACAAUAACAGGAGUAAUUAUGGAGGGAGAGGGAGAGGACGGGAUGGUGAAGGAUCGAGGGGUUCCAGGGGGAGGGAUAAUUAUUGAUGAUGUUUGGUGUGUCCUCUGGAGUUAAUCAGCAAUGUGAGAGGAGUGAUGCGUAGUGAUCGAUGUUUUUUUUUCUCGUUCAUUUGAGGACUCAGGAAAAGUGAAAGAAAAUUGAUUAAAUUGGGCUUCUCUCCAUUUUAGAGAAGAAAUUGUAAUAUAAAUUGUAACAUUACAGUCGAUUUAUGAUUUUAUGAUUGUUCAAUUGUAAGUGAUGAUUCAUAAAUUUUCACGAAGAUGCCUUGGAACGGUGAGGGAUUCCGAGGAUGGUUUGUGAGUGUGCACUGAGGAAUGCGUGGGAGUUUAAUCAAUUAAGAUGUUUAUUUAAUAAAAUCGAAAGUAUAUC